UGUGUGUGUGUGUGUGUGUGUCAGCACUCAGAGAGCUCAGCUGUCCGAAAGGAGAAGAGAGGAGACUCAGGAGAGGAGUGCUGCCAGCAACUUGCAGCCAGGGAGGGUGCUACACCCAGCCGCAGAGGCAGCAGCAAUGCUUCGCGUCUUCAUCCUCCACGCAGAGAAUGUGCAGACCCCUGACACCGACAUCAGUGACACCUACUGCUCCGUGGUCUUCCAGGGUGUUAAGAAGAGAACCAAAGUCUUAAAAAAUAAUUCGAACCCCAUCUGGAAUGAGGGCUUCGAGUGGGACUUGAAAGGCGUUCCUUUGGAUCCAAAUGCUGAUCUCCAUGCUGUCGUCAAAGACCAUGAGACGAUGGGAAGAAACCGAUUCCUGGGUGAGACCCGGGUGCAGCUCCGGGACUUAUUCAAUUCUGCCAACCUGAGCGCCACCUAUAAUUCCUCCCUACUGGACAACAAGAAGCAGACCACCGGGGCAACACUGACCCUCCAGAUUUCCUACUUCCCUCCUCCGGGGGCCGCACCCACUUUCCCUCUUCCAAUGCCUGCUGCAAAGGAGCCCACGCCAUCCAUCAUCUCGUUCAGUACGGUGGAUACCGUCACCGACAUAGCAGAUGAAGAGACCACAGAGGAUCAAAUCGGCACUGGAGAUGAAGGCGAUGAGAUGUCACUUCUACCUGGAGCCGAGCAGCCAACUCUCCCCAAGAAACCCCAGCAACACCCGCAUCAGGGGGUCAAGAGGAAAAAGAGCGCCCCUCAAAGACCGCUGUCCAACAAAACUCAGGACUUCCAGGUUCGGAUGCGAGUGAUCGAAGGACGCCAACUUAUAGGUUUAAACAUAAACCCUGUUGUCAAGGUGACGGUUGCCGGACAGACUAAGAGGACCCGGAUAAAAAAAGGGAACCACCCCUAUUUUGAUGAGACAUUUUUCUUUAACUUCUUUGAAUCUCCAUCUGACCUCUUUGAUGAACCCGUGUUCCUUACGGUGUUGGACUCUCGCUCCCUCAGGACAGAUUCCGUUAUUGGAGAAUUUCGGAUGGAUGUUGGAAUGAUUUACGGAGAGCCAAAACACGCUUUCCUGAAAAAGUGGCUAUUGCUUUGUGACCCAGAGGACUUCUCUGCCGGGGCAAAGGGUUAUCUGAAGGUCAGCCUGUUUGUGCUGGGCCCUGGGGAUGAUUGUCCGGUGGAGAAGAAGGAAACGGUAGAAGACAAGGAAGAUAUAGAAGGGAACUUGUUGCGUCCGGCCGGGGUGGCUCUUCGUGGGGCUCACCUGACUCUUCGGGUUUUCCGCGCAGAGGAUCUGCCACAGAUGGAUGACGCCGUCCUUGAUAAUGUCAAGCAGAUCUUCGGGAUGGAGAGUAACAAGAAGAACCUGGUAGACCCCUUUGUAGAAGUGAGCUUUGCUGGAAAAACUUUAUGCAGCAAGAUUGUGGAAAAGAACGCCAACCCUCAGUGGAGCCAGAGCAUCACGUUACCCAUACGGUUCCCGUCCAUGUGUGAGAAGAUGAGGAUACGUCUUCUUGACUGGGACCGCCUGACCCACAAUGACAUUAUCAGCACCACUUACUUGAACAUGUCCAAGAUCUCAGCACCCGGGGGUGAACUUGAAGAUGAGGCUCCGGGCCCGGCGUCUGCAGUACUUGACAUUGAUGACAGUCUGGGUUUUUUACCCACCUUUGGACCCUGCUACGUGAACCUGUACGGCAGCCCCCGAGAGUUUACUGGCUUCCCAGAUCCCUAUGAAGAGCUCAAUAUGGGCAAGGGAGAAGGUGUAGCGUAUCGUGGGCGCAUUCUGCUGGAACUGGAAAGCAAGUUGGUGGAGCACUCGGAGCAGAAGGUGGAGGACAUUCCUAAUGAUGACCUUCUACGAGUUGAGAGAUAUCUGCGGAGACGGAAGUACUGCCUCUUUGCCGCCUUCUACUCGGCAACCAUGCUGCAGGACGUGGAUGAUGCCAUCCAGUUUGAAGUCAGCAUUGGGAACUACGGCAAUAAAUAUGACAACACCUGCUUGCCUCUGGCCUCCACCACUCAGUUCAGCGGAGCCGUGUUUGAUGGCUGUCAGUACUAUUACCUGCCCUGGGGGAAUGUGAAGCCUGUUGUCGUUUUGUCAUCAUCCUGGGAGGACAUCAGUCACCGCACUGACAGCCAGAAUAUCAUCCACCAUAUCAUCGACAACCUGGAGAAGAACCUGGAACUGCUGAAGAUGACACGAAAGACGGAGAAUUUCCAGGAAGAACCGGCUGAUGUAAUGAAUCGUAUGCUCGAGGGCGUCAUCAGUGAUUGUGGCCAUCCACUACCUGACAUUCCAUCAAUGUCGGGAACCACGCACCUGGAUCUGUAUCUUUUCAAAUUCCGGAAGAUCACUCUGAAUCAGAUCAUCAUGGCGGCUUCCAAGGCGAAAUACGAGGAGUGUGAGCUUCCAGAUGUCCUGGAGCAAGCUGAGGAUUGGCUGCAGAGAUUGAAAGCCAUGGCGGAGGAGCCACAGAACAGUCUGCCGGAUAUACUUAUUUGGAUGUUACAAGGAGGCAAGCGCGUGGCUUACUACAGAAUGCCAGCCUACGAAGUCCUUUACUCCAGCAAUGGCCCCAUGUGUUGUGGCAAGAACUGUGGGGAACUCCAGACCAUCUUUCUCAAAUACCCACAAGCGGGUAAUAAAGGAGCCAAGAUGCCAGCUCAGGUCCGGGUUCAGCUGUGGUUUGGACUGGCCGUGCACCAAACAAAAUUUAACCAGUCUGCUCAGGGCAAGCUCUCUGUCUUUGCUGAAACAUAUGAGAACCAGACCAAACUGGCUCUUGUGGGCAACUGGGGGACCACAGGACUUACCUACCCCAAGUUCUCUGACGUAACUGGGAAGAUCAAACUACCGAAGGACAGCUUCAAGCCUUCAAGCGGAUGGAACUGGGCUGGAGAUUGGUUCAUCAGCCCUGAAAAGACGUUGUUGUAUGACACAGACGCCGGUCACAUGAGCUUUGUAGAGGAAGUGUUUGAGAACCAGGCCCGCCUACCCGGUGGACAGUGGAUACACAUGAAUGACGCCUACUCUGAUGUGAAUGGGGAGAAAGUUCUCGCAAAAAACGAGAUUGAAUGUCCUCCAGGGUGGAAAUGGGAGGAUGUUGAAUGGUCUACAGAUAUUAAUCGAGCCGUGGAUGAACAAGGCUGGGAAUACGGUAUAACCAUUCCGCCAGAUCGCAAACCUAAAUCCUGGGGGCCAUCUGAGAAGAUGUAUCACACGAGCCGCAGAAGGCGCUGGUUCAGGCUACGCAGGAGAGAUCCUAAGCAGAUCGAGAUACUAAAGAAGCAUAAGCCCGAUGAGGCAGAGAGUGAAGGCUGGGAAUACACCUCUCUAUUCGGAUGGCGGUUUCACCUGAAGUACCGCAAAACCGACAGUUUCCGCAGACGGAGGUGGAGGCGUAGAAUGGAGCCUCAGGAAAAGACUGGAGCGGCGGCUGUCUUUGACCUAGAGGGGGCACUAGGUGGAGUCACUGAUGACAAAAGUGAUGAUGGGAAGUACACUUGCACAAUGAGUUUAGGAGUGAACAGACCUACAAUUUCCUGUAUUUUUGAUUAUGGAAACCGCUACCACCUGCGUUGUUACCUCUACCAAGCCCGUAACUUGAUCCCAAUGGAUGAAGACAGCUUUUCUGACCCGUAUGCCAUUGUGUCAUUCCUCCAUCAGAGCCAGAAGACAGUGGUGUUGAAAAACACUUUAAACCCAACCUGGGACCAGACGCUCAUCUUCCACGAGAUAGAAAUAUUUGGAGGCCCGGAGAUGAUAGCGGAGGUUCCUCCCAGUAUUGUGGUGGAGAUAUACGACCAUGACACCUAUGGGGCAGAUGAAUACAUGGGCCGGUGUAUCUGUAAGCCCAGUCUACAGCGUCUACCAAAACUAUCCUGGCAUCCAAUAUUUAUGGGUGAGAAGAAUACAGGUGAACUCCUGGCAUCCUUUGAACUCAUCCACAGGGAAAAGCCUGCCCUGCACCACAUGCCUGGUCUGGAGGGUGAAGUCUCUGGAGUUCUCAGUGAGCUUCUUGUUCCGGGUUUCUACACUGAGAAACUUCUAGACUUGUCAGAGGACUCAGACCUGCCUGUCCCUCCGAUCCAGAAGAGCGCCAAUAUCUACAUGGUGCCGAAAAAUAUCAGGCCCCGCAUGCAGAGGACCGGUAUUGAGGUGUUGGCAUGGGGUCUGCGCAACCUUAAGAGCUACCAGCUGGCCAGCGUGACGUCGCCCAGCCUGAUCGUGGAGUGCGGAGAAGAAAGUGUACAAUCCUGCGUUAUUAAAAACAUCAAAAAGAAUCCCAACUUUGAUAUCUGUGUCCUUUUCCUGGAGGUGAAUCUUCCCAGUGAGCCGCUUUACUGUCCACCAAUCAUUGUGAAAGUGAUUGACAACCGGCAGUUUGGUCGGAAGCCUGUGGUUGGGCAGUGCACCAUCCACUCCCUUGAGGAGUUCCACUGCGACCCCAACGAGGAAGAGGGUGACCUGGAGGAUGGAUGGGCCGAUGAUACAAGUGUUACUCCACGAGAUGAGGUUCUCAUCGACAUUGACGACAAGGAGCCUCUAAUACCCAGUCAGGAAGAAGAGUUUAUUGACUGGUGGAGUAAGUUCUAUUUAUCCAUUGGAGAGAAGGACAAGUGUGGGGCUUAUUUGGAAAGAGGUUUUGACACUUUACAGGUUCUGGACACAGAAUUAGAGAACAUUGCGGACUAUGAGGCCCUAUCAGACUUAUGCCAGACAUUCAAACUGUAUAGGGGAAAAUCGAAAGACGAAGCUGAAGACCCUUCUGUAGUCGGGGAGUUUAAGGGAUCCUUUAAAAUAUACGCUAUUCCUGAGGAUCCAGAUGGUCUGUUACCACCAAAACAGUUCCGCCAACUGCCACCUAAUGGGUUACAAGAGUGCUUGGUCAGGGUCUACAUUGUUCGGGCAUUUGGCCUGCAACCCAAAGAUUCCAAUGGCAAGUGCGACCCCUACGUCAAGAUUUCUGCCGGGAAGAAGUCUAUAAAUGAUCAGGAGAAUUACAUCCCCUGCACACUGGAGCCUGUGUUUGGAAAGAUGUUUGAACUGACCGUCACCCUCCCCCUGGAGAAGGACCUGAAGAUCACCGUCUACGACUACGACUUGAUGUCCAAAGACGAGAAGGUCGGAGAGACGGUCAUAGACUUGGAGAACCGUUUUGUCUCCAAAUACGGAGCUGGGUGUGGCAUACCUCAGUCUUACUGCAUAUCAGGACCGAACAAGUGGAGGGACCAGUUACGACCAUCUCAGCUUCUUCAAAUAUUUGCCAAGAAGCGUAACUUCAAACUCCCCAUCUACAAAAACAACAGGAUCCUCUUCCGUGGUCAGGAGUACAGUCUGUCUGAUCUCGAUGAAAGUAAAUUCUCCAAUCCACACCUGGGGCCUCCUGAGGAGCGUCUGGCUCUGCACGUCCUGCGCAAACAGGGCCUGGUCCAUGAACACGUGGAAACGCGAUCGCUCUACAGUCCGAUGCAGCCGGACAUAGAACAGGGAAAGCUGCAGAUGUGGGUGGAUGUGUUCCCCAAGUCACUAGGACCUCCCGGGCCGCCGUUUAACAUCACGCCAAGAAAAGCAAAAAGGUUUUUGUUGCGCUGCAUAAUAUGGAACGCCCGUGAUGUCAUCCUAGAUGAUGUCAGCAUCACAGGGGAGAAAAUGAGUGAUAUUUAUGUGAAGAGCUGGAUGAUCGGCCACGAAGAACAUAGGCAAAAAACAGACGUUCACUACAGAUCCAUGGGUGGUGAAGGCAACUUCAACUGGAGGUUUAUCUUCCCAUUUGAUUAUCUCCCCGCCGAGCAGGUCUGCUCAGUCUCCACAAAGGAGCACUUCUGGAGCUUGGAAAAGACUGAAAAUAAAAUCUCUCCAAACCUCAUGCUUCAGAUAUGGGACAAUGACAAGUUUUCCUUUGAUGACUACCUAGGUUCCCUGCAGCUCGAUCUAAACCGCAUGCCAAGACCAGCCAAGACAGCAGAAAAGUGCACCCUGGACUUGCUGGACGAGUCUAAUGCUGCAGAUCGCUGGGUGUCGCUGUUUGAGCAGAAGACGGUGAAGGGUUGGUGGCCUUGUGUAGGCCAGGAGAACGACACCAAGAUUCUUGCAGGGAAGAUGGAGUUAACAUUGGAGAUUGUCAAUGAGCAAGAACAUGACGAACGGCCGGCCGGUAUGGGACGUGAAGAACCAAAUAUGAAUCCUAAAUUGGAAGACCCUAAGCGUCCAGAGACAUCAUUCUUGUGGUUUACAUCUCCCUACAAGACACUGAAGUACGUCCUCUGGAGAAAAUACAAGUGCCUCCUUCUGGUUAUCCUCAUCGCUGUUUUAAUACUCCUCUUCCUGGGAGUAUUCCUCUACUCUUUCCCGAAUUACGCUGCUAUGAAAUUAAUGAAGCCAUACAGUUAAGAAUGCACCAGCUGAUGAAAGCCCUGCCAAGUACCAUCCUGAAGCCUCCGUCCAAUGGCAGCCCUAUGUACAGUAUAGUUAAUAAAGUUCACUGCAGUGCUCGACUACUACGCCAAAGAUAUUCCUCUAUAUCACCCUGCAUUUUUGCUACCGCAGUUCACUGAAGUGCUUUUCUAGUUUUUUUUUUAUGUUGUGUUGCAAUGCAGUGCAUUGUGAAAGCAGUUGCAAUUCACAGUGAAUGGCGCCCCAGCGUAGCAGUGCCCAUAAAGUUGUGUUAGUGCAGUGCUGUGAAUGUGCUCUAAAGGGUAAUAUUGCCAUGAGUUAUUUGGUUAGGGUUGGAGCCUGGAGGGCUGAUUCACUUUCUGCUCUCUACUGGAGUCCCAUUUCUGGAUGUGAAUAGCUCUGAGCGGAGGGUAUCAUAAUCCAAAAGAAUGAAUACACAGUCCUAUUUAGAUAUUUUAUCAGCCCAUUCGCUGCAAUUAGUAUAUAUAGGCAUGUGCCUAGGCACACCCUAAUCACCCUGUGUGGCGAAGAUUUCCCCAGUUUUGAUCCCUGAUAUUUCACCAAAUCUCCAAAAAAAUUUAAAAACGACUGCCCUACUGACACCGUCAGAAUAUUUACACAUGCACACACAUACGUGGUUGAGCUUUGGGAUGCACAUCCUAAUGCAAUAGGCUGCGCAAACACCUAUGCCUAUAUCUUAUGGAAAUUCUCCUGUUGUCUACCCAAAACAUGUUCCCUUUUUAGGUAGAUGCCCACUGAAAGUCAAAAUCCAGCCUAAACCUUUGUUUUGUAGUUUUUGGAGUGAGAAAGAGUUGUAGCCCCUGUGAUGUUUUUACUUCAUGCCCAAUUUGGAAGAUUUUCUUCCACAUCCCGUCCUUGAGAUAAUACUUUAAGCCCUCGUUUACAUUGACUGCAGCUUUGAAAUCGUGCGACUUGAUCUGAAACCAUUUCAAAGCCGCAGGUGAGUGUGACUUGGAAGACAUCUGUGUGGCUUCAUGCACAGAUGUCUAAGCAAGCCACAUCCGAAAUCGCCAAAAGUAGUGCAGGAACUACUUUUUCCAAUCGAAGUCGGCAUCCCACCGAUUUGAACAGUGCAAUUACCGGCAAAAGAGUGCGAG